UAACCUUUGUUUGCGACCAACUGCUCUACCCCAACACAAAAACAACUAUCUGAAAUAGCUAUUACAUACAAAUUUCAUCAUGUCUACUGCUGAAGAAAAGGUCGACAUUGCCCCAGAGGCUGUUGUCUCCUCUGAGGAGAAGAAGACCGUCGAGCCAACCACUGAGGCGACCACCACCGAGGAGGCAAAGGGCGAGACCCCUACAGUGGCACCUACUUCUGUAGUAGAGAGCGCCACCGAUGCUGCCGCCACAGCCGCUUCGACCGUGACCGCCGCCGCCACCAACAUGCAGGACAGCGUCUUCUCCAUGUUCGGCGGAGGAGCCAAGAAGGAGAAGGUCGAGGAUGAGGACCGUGGUGACAACUCUGGCUCUGCCAAGGCACAGAAGGCCGCCGCCGCCGCCGCCGGGGAGAACCCAGAGGACGAGGCACCAGAGUCUGAGGACGUCCACUUCGAGCCCGUCAUCCAUCUCACCGACAAAGUCGAGGUCAAGACCGGCGAGGAGGUUGAGGAGCAGACUUUCAAGAUGCGCGCGAAGCUCUUCAAGUUCAUCCGCGAGUCCAACGAGUGGAAGGAGCGUGGUACCGGUGAUGUGAGGCUCCUCAAGCACAGGGAGAACAACAAGACACGUCUGGUUAUGCGCAGAGAUAAGACCCUCAAGGUUUGCGCGAACCACUACGUUGUGCCUGAGAUGAAGCUCUCGCCAAACGUUGGCAGCGACAGGAGCUGGGUGUGGAACGCCGCUGCUGAUGUCAGCGAGGGAGAGGCCGAGGCCGUUACUUUCGCCAUCCGUUUCGCCAACUCCGAGAACGCCAACCUAUUCAAGGAGGCUUUCAUCAAGGCCCAGCAAGAGAACGAGGCCCUGUUCAACAAGCCUGCCGCUGCUGCUGAGGCUUCCACCGAGGCUUCUGCUUGAACUUAGCCUGCUUUCCUAAACUGUGGAGUCAUUCGAAUCUCAACAAAGAACUUUCACAUUGCAAUUACGAACCUCAUGAAACUCUUGAACUCUAUAUUCCCCGUCACCACCCCCCAGCUUGCAUAUACCUCUGAUGCAAGCAGUUACCCGUAGUACGUGUCCAUACAUAUGGUGGCACUCAGAUUGGCCUGGACUUUGAAGCGGUCGAAGCGGUCCAACUGAUAUGUCAGCUGGGAGGAUAUUGGAACGCAAUGCAUGAAGGUUAAUCAGCCAUAGGUUAUUAUCCAAUGGUUUAGAUACUUAAGUUAGAUUACGAUGCUUUAUUCUCCUCCAGUCAUUUGGCACAGAUAUAUAAUUCUCAAGAUUUUACGAACAUCCAACGAACAAAACUGUUCUGUGAUAUAACAUGUGAUUGCGAUUGCUGGCAUUUCUCUAGUGGAUGGGGAUGGUGCGUGAUGUUUUUUUAUUGUUUGGGUUUUGGGUGGAAUUAAUAUGAAUUUGUAGG